ACGAGGUAGGGUUAGCCGGAAUACGGGUGGGGAAACAUAGCCGGCGCGGUAGCAGAUGGGAACAUGACAGACUCUGCGAAUGGACCGGCACCAGAGCCGGUGGACGGACUCAAGCGGCCCCAGUUCGGUACCCGGUUUCUCACAGACCCGAGGGAGGUGUUUCAGCACAACGCCUGGGAUAAUGUGCAGUGGUCCAAAGAGCAGGAAGAUUCAGCUCAGAGGAAAGUGCAGGAGAACAGCGAGCCUCUUUCAGCCGAGAAACAAGAGGAUUAUGAGAAUAGAGCUAAUGAGUACUGGAACGACUUCUAUGCCAUCCAUGAAAACCGCUUUUUUAAGGACCGCCACUGGCUCUUCACCGAGUUCCCUGAGCUCGGCCCUCAGCGUUCCCAGACUUCAAGAGAGGGUCCGACAUCAGAUGAAGAGCUGGUGCAGAUCACAGCAAAUUUGGAACUGAAGGGUGAAGAAACUCCUGCACCUGUCACAGAAGAACCAGCGGCGUUUCCUGGAGCCUCAGCCACUUACCGCAUUCUGGAGGUAGGCUGUGGAGUUGGUAAUACAGUCUUCCCAAUUCUCAAGACGAACAAUGAUCCAGGCCUUUUUGUGUACUGCUGCGAUUUCUCCAGCACAGCUAUUGACCUCGUCAGAUCUAAUCUGGAGUACGACCCAUCUCGAUGUCACGCCUUCGUCCACGACCUGAGCGAUGUCACAGCUUCUUAUCCAAUGCCAGAGCAGAGCCUCGAUGUUAUCGUUCUCAUAUUCGUCCUCUCCGCUCUCCACCCUGAAAAGAUGCAAAGCUCUCUCAGUAAACUGGCCAGUUUGCUGAAACCCGGAGGAGUUCUGUUACUGAGGGAUUAUGGACGCUACGACAUGGCCCAGCUCCGUUUUAAAAAAGGAAGGUGCUUAUCUGAAAAUUUCUAUGUCAGAGGAGACGGAACACGAGUUUAUUUUUUCACUCAAGAAGAGCUACAUGAUCUGUUUUUUGGAGCUGGUCUGGAGAAGGUGCAGAAUUUAGUGGACCGAAGGCUGCAGGUGAACAGAGGAAAACAACUGACCAUGUACAGAGUUUGGGUGCAAUGUAAAUACCGCAGAAACACAAAGCCUCUACUACAGGUACCUGAAGCUGAGACAAGAUAGCAAGGAAAUCCACUGGAUUACACAAUGAGCAAAGAACCGGAACUCUGACAACUGGCGAAAUAGAUACAUAAAAUCUAAAGACAAACAUUUGUGGCUGGAAAGUGGAUGGAGAACAUUAAAUACCGUCAAUCCUUACUGCUCUUAUCAUAUGAUCAAAUGAUUUUAAAUGCUUUUAAACAUUUAUAUAAUGCAAAUAAAAGAUGGUUUUGGUAAAUA